AUGCCGCCCGGCGUUGCAGUCGUUGAUGCAUUCAAGAACCUCAUUCGCCACGGCAAGGCCCACACUCACGCCAGCCCCCGCGCCUCGGACGAACUCUCGACCCCACCGCCAUCCGCAGCCCACGACUCGCGCUCAAGAGCGUACCAGCAACAACAACAGCAACAGCCGAUGACGCAGUCGUCCGUACCCGAGAAGCGCACAUCGACCCAGCAGGCCGCGCCCGCAUCACAAACAAGUACCACGCAGCACAAAUAUUCCAAGGAGGUGGAGCAGAUCGUGGCAGAGGAGCGCGAUGCGAAGAACAAGCUGCCGAGGUACAAGGGCCUCGAGCGCUUUGAGCUGCUGGAGAAGAUGGGAGAUGGCGCCUUCUCUAACGUCUUCAAGGCGGUGGAUACCGUGACGGGCCAGAAAGUGGCUGUCAAGGUCGUCCGCAAGUUCGAGCUCACGUCCUCCCAGGCCGGCGACAAGCACCUGAACCCCAACUUUAAGAAGAGGCCGCGCGUGACAGAGCGCGCGAACAUCCUCAAAGAGGUGCAGAUUAUGCGUGGCAUCCAACAUCCCGCCAUCGUCAAGUUGUUGUCCUUCUCCGAAUCUCCGGAGUACUACUUCCUCGUCCUCGAAUUGAUGGAGGGCGGAGAACUGUUCCACCAGAUCGUCAAGCUUACGUACUUCAGCGAGGCUCUCUCGCGGCAUGUCAUCGUCCAGGUCGCUCAGGGCAUCCGCUACCUGCACGAGGAGCGCGGCGUCGUGCAUCGGGACAUCAAACCCGAGAACCUGCUCUUUGACAGGAUACCAAUCAUCCCGUCCAAGCACCCGAUCCAGCGUCAGUACGACGAAGAGAAGGAGGACGAGGGCGAGUUCAUCCCCGGCGUCGGCGGCGGAGGCAUUGGCCGUGUCAAGAUUGCCGAUUUCGGUCUCUCCAAGGUCGUUUGGAACGAGGAGACGAUGACGCCAUGCGGCACCGUCGGCUACACCGCACCCGAAAUCGUCAAGGAUGAGCGGUACUCCAAGAGCGUUGACAUGUGGGCGCUUGGCUGCGUUCUGUAUACCCUGCUUUGUGGUUUCCCGCCGUUCUAUGACGAGAGUAUCAAUGUCUUGACUGAAAAAGUCGCGAGGGGACAUUACACUUUCCUCAGCCCUUGGUGGGAUGACAUCAACCCGUCUGCCAAGGACCUCAUCACGCAUUUGCUGUGCGUUGACCCCGCCGAGCGCUUCACGAUUGACGAGUUCCUCGCACACCCGUGGAUCCGCGACCAGGCUGGUCCGCCGCCACCCCCGACACCUCGCGUCGAGCAGCCGCUCGAUUCGCCUUUGUUGUCGUCGAUGCGCGGUGCUGGAGCCCGCGAGGGCCGCUCGCCCGGUCUCGCGACGCUCAAGGAGGCGUUCGACGUCACCUACGCUGUCCACCGCAUGGAGGAGGAAGGCGCGAGGAGACGGGCUUACAAGGGCCGCGACGGCGCUGGCAAGGCUGGCUUCUUGACAGACCUGAACGAGGACGAUGAGGAUGACGAGACGAAGAACGUCCCUGUCGCCGCUCAAUCGUCGAUCAGGCAACGGCAGGAGCGUAUGUCGGACGGCCGGGCGGGUCAGCGCGACCAGGGCCGGACUCGCGCGAGGAACGGCAAGUUCGAGCUUACGAUGGACGGCGCGACGUUGCUCGACCGCAGGCAUAAACGCGGCGGCAAUUUUGGGAAUAACCCGGCGAACCCAAGUCCGCUCGCGAACUCAUUGACCGUCGACGCGCCGCAGAGCCCUAUGCACUUCUAA